AUGCUUACCAAUAUAAUUGUCAUUUUAGUUAUUUUAUUCUUUGCCAGGAGUAUCUAUAGAGAUUUCAUUGCCAAUGACAACAACCCAUUAGCCAAUCAAGCUGAAGCCUCCAUAGUCGAAGGCAAAUUUACGCCAAAGUCAUUGGCCAAAUACAAUGGGAAAGACCAUCCUAAAAUAUUUAUUUCCGUCAAAAAUAGAGUGUUUGAUGUUAGUCAAGGUGCCGCAUUUUAUGGCCCGGGAGGCCCCUAUGAGAACUUUGCUGGUAGAGACGCUUCAAGGGGAUUGGCAUUGAACUCAUUUGAUCCUGUUGUUUUGACUCCUUUGGAUCAACCAAUUGAUGAUUUAAGCAAUUUGUCUAAGUUAGAGCUAGAGUCUUUAGAGCAAUGGGAUGAACACUUUGAAAAUAGAUACAAGGUUGUGGGUACUUUGCACGAAAAUGGAACUGUCUCAGAAGAAGUUAAGGGUCUUUAA